AACUAUGCCGGGAAAAUAUUCCCAAAAUUUUGUUUUUGUUUUUGCCAUGAUUUUUUUGCCCACAUCGAGUUUUAUUUGUGAUUUUUAGAUUUGUAGAGAAUUAGGAACGAAACUUACUACAUACAUAUUCUUAUCUACAUAGGCUAAAAAAUCAACAACAUGGAGAGCGUGUUUCAAGAACCUGUGCAGCUUUCAAAAGGCAUCAAUUUAAAUGAACUGAUGACCACAGCGACGGAGUUCCACCUCGACAUGGAUUUCAAGAAGAAGCAGAAUGGAAUGUCAAUCAAUAUGGAUGACGACUUUUUCCCGGACAUGGACGAUGACAGUGAUGAGGAAGAUGUUCUGAAGAACAUUGAAGACUCAGCUGACAAGCUGAUGCUCUCGUCUCCAGAGUACCUGUCCUUUGACGAAUUAGCCAAAAGGAUGAUAGAUUGUAUACCAAGCGGGGAGGUUAAGAUGCUGAUUAUAGAAGAGGGCGAUGGGCCUCUAGUGCCUGUAGACGCUGAAGUGACCCUCCAUUUCGCCGCUUACUGGGAGAAAACUAAUAUUCCUUUUGAUUCAACUCUCACUAUGAAUCGAGGCAUGCCUAUGACGCUACGCCUAGGCAAGAGAAAGAUCCUGCCGGGCCUAGAGAUUGGCCUCACCAUGGUCCACGGCCCAACAGCUCGCUUCCACUUACUGCUGGAGCCUGCAGCGGCCUGGGGGCCUCAGGGGGUGCCCCCCAGGAUAAGGCCCGAGAGGGCUUUGUUCGUGAUAUCUUUGUACAGCGUUAGUGAUGUGCACGCUGGAGACAGGUUCAAUGACCUACCAAUGGAACAACAGAAGAAAUUCGAAGUGACCAUUAAAACUGUCAAUGGCCUAUAUACAUCAGCCAAAGAUUUGUUUUCAAAGAAAAAGUUUAAAAAGGCAAUAAAAAAUUACCAACAAGCCAUAUCAGUGCUGAACGUCUCCCGCCCGGAAACCGAAGCAGAGGAGGGGGAAAUUAAAAAAUUGAAAAUAACAGCAUAUAUAAAUUUAGCUUUGUGUUAUUGUAAAAUAGAUAAACCUAAAUAUGCUAUGAAUAUGUGUGAAAAUUUAGAUAGAAUAAGCAAUUUAGAUAGUCAUUGCAAAGGUUUGUUUUAUUACGGUCGUGCGCAUCAUAUGAUAGGUAAACACGAAGAGGCGUUGGUCUAUUACAGGAAGGCUUUGAAAUUGGAACCGAAGAACAGAGACAUAGGUAAGGCACUGGCCGAUUUGGAUCAGUAUUUAAAAAGAUCCGCGAAAAAAGAAAAAGAAAUAUGGCAGAACGCGUUCCAGUCCGCGCCCGAGGAGAAGAAAGAAAAAGUUGUCUAUGCCGUGGAUGAGGAUUUCCAAAAUGGCGUCCGGGAAAUGUGCAAGGAUUUGGCGGAGAGGAGCGAAUAUGCGAAAUUCGAUUUGCCAACGGGGUUGACGAAUGACGAAGUGGAUUGUAUAAAAGGAUUGGUUAGUGAUUUUGAGGGAUUGGUUGUUCAAGAAGACGGCGAGGGAAAAAGGAAAAAAGUCAGCAUUAUUAAAAAGAUGUCAUAGACAUAGAUAUUAUUGUAAUUUAAUAUUACCUAAAUAAUUCCUUAAUAUCUUAAGACAAAAAAUAAUUAAGAACUCUACAUAUAUUCCAGCAGCCAAUGAAUAUUAGUUAUAAAUUAAGUAUUUUAGUUAUUUGUCAAGGUAUAACCUUUUUAGUAUUUACAAUUUUUGUGCCAUUUAAUUACCUCUUACAUUAACCUAUAGUUUAGAAUUAAGUUAAGAUUUAAAAAUAAAGACAUUUACUUAUUUUUGCAAU